AUGAAAACCUCAACGUCGUCAUUUCAAUAUCACCCGAAGUCGGAACAACUUAGUGAGAUUCCCGAAUGUGAGAUUGUUGAUUUUUUAAGUAAAUUUGAUAAUUGUUCCACAUCACAAAAUGUGACUGUUAAUACCUUGAAAACGGCAUUAGUCCUCCACGUCACAAGAAACGGCAUUUAUUCAUUUUAUACAAGAAAAGACGACACCAUUGAACUUGUGAAAAUCAAGAAAGACGACUUCCCACACAUUUUCCAAAGCCAAAAAGCAGUGAUAAUUCACAAUUUGCAAAAUUCACUCAAAGUGACGAGGAAUGGAGUUGACGAGGUGUUAGAAUACUUCUCUCAUAACAGAUUUGUCUUUGAUACGUUUAUUGGAGCCGCCGUAUUAGACCCGGGGAGUAUCGAUGAGUUAACUUUCAAUCAAAUCUGCGUGAAACACGAGUGUGUCAUUGUGGACGACAAUACACAAAGUGUGCUCUUAAGAAUACGAGACUUGGCGAUGAAGGAAUUCUGCGAGAUGGAGAGCCACCAGAUGACAAAAGUGUUUUUCGAGCAGGAGACGAUGAUCUCUGGCAUAUUAAUACAACUCAAUAUGCAAACGAAGUUUCGCCUUGAUCUGGAGCUCUUGUUCAAUCAGCGGAGACUCUUGUUGAUGAGAAAGGAAGAACUUGGGGUUGAGAGUCGCAAAGUGUUAAAUAAAACGAUUAAUCUUGCGUCGGCUGCACAGGUGAAGCGCGAGUUGAAUAAAUUGGGGUUCCAAACGGACGGAACCAAGUUGAAGGGAACGACGUCGAAGAACGUGUUGGAACAGAUCGACCACCCCUUUGCUAAAAUAGUGUUGGAACACAGAAAGGUGGGGAAGAUCUUAUCUGACAUCGACUCAUUGAAAGGCUGUGGAGUGAAAAUAGGGGAUGAGAUGUACAUCACCGCGACGUGGAAUCAAACGAAGGUUGUAACUGGAAGGAUACAAUCAAUUCACCCCAAUUUGCAACAAAUCAAUAAACUGAGUUUUGUGAUGCCAAAGGUAGAGUUGAAGGCGAGAGACUUGUUCAUCUCGGAGAAGGGGAAAACACUUGCUGCAUUGGACUAUAACCAAAUUGAGUUGAGGAUACUCGCGGACUUCACUGGAGAUGAACACUUGGUCGAGUUUUUUAAAAGCGGUGUUGAUGUCCAUCGAAUGAUCGCAAGCCACUGGCUGAAGAAGAAGCCCGAAACAGUCACUGACGAAGAAAGAAGAAGAGCAAAGACGAUUGUGUAUGGAUGCAUUUAUGGCAUAGGGCCGUAUUCGUUGGCGGACGAACUGAAAGUGACUGUUGACGAGUCGAAGAACUUUCUGAAAAGCUUCUUGGAGCAAUUUCCAAGCUUCGAGGCGUGGAAAAAAGAGACUAUAAAAAAGGCAAGGGAAGUUGGGUUUGUGUAUACAUUGAAUAAUAGGAGAAGAAGAAUCUUCAAUUUGAAUUCGAAAGAUGUCAAAUUGGUUGCUGAGGCCGAGAGAAUGGCUGUAAACUCCCCGAUCCAAGGAAGUGCUGCGGACAUUAUCAAAAUGUGUAUGAUCAAAGUGUUUCACAAAACGUUUGAGGAAUGGAAGGGUGUCACCCUUCUUUUAAACAUUCAUGACGAAAUUGUUGUUGAAAUUCCAGAUGAGAUGUUAAAAGAAGUGUGUGUGGGGUUGAAGAACAUAAUGGAGCACGUUGUUGAGAUGAAGGUGCCGCUGAUCGUUUCCGUUGAGACGGGGAAGAAGUGGGGCUCUUUGACGACGUUUGAGUUUGACAAGUGA